CUGAUAAAACCUCCAGUACCCUUGAUAGUCCCUCUCCCUCCCUCUCUCUCCCUCUCUCUCUGUGAACUUACUUUGAAACUCCAGAAUCUAUUAGGACACCUGGCGUGGUUGAGAGAGGAUCCAGGUGAAUCCACGGCGUGCGCUUAAAAGGGAUUCCUUUGAUGUUGCACAUUGUCUUUGUCAAAGGGGGAUGUUCCUGCUUCUCGUUCUGUCCUUCUGCCUCCGUGCUAAAGCACAGCCCUUACAGGAGAACACAGUGGCUCUCGAUCCUUGUUCCGCCUAUAUCAGUCUGAAUGAUCCUUGGAGGAACACAGACUAUCAGUUCAAUGAUUCUGUUGACAACCCAGAGUGCGACAGCCAUGUUGAUGGAGAAUGGUACCGCUUCACUGCGAUGGCUGGUGAUGCCAUGCCCACCUUCUGCAUCCCAGAGAACUCCUGUGGUACCCACGCCCCAAUUUGGCUGAACGGCAGCCACCCUCAAGAGUCAGAUGGCAUUGUCGAAAGGCAGGCCUGUGCCACCUUCAAUGGAAACUGCUGCUUCUGGAACACAACUGUCAAAGUGAAAGCAUGCCCAGGAGGCUACUAUGUCUACCGCUUAACCAAGCCCAGUGCCUGCUACCAUGCCUACUGUGGACAUUUCUAUGACAUCUGUGAUGUGGUUGAUUGCCAGGGCUCCUGUUUGGACACUGGAGAUUGCAUGUGCUCUUUAGGGACAAUACUGGGACCAGAUGGACAGUCCUGCCUUGAUGAAAACGAAUGUGAAAGGAAAAAUGGAGGCUGCAGCGAGUUCUGUGUGAACCUGAAAAACUCCUACCGUUGUGAAUGUGGAGUUGGGCGUGUUCUGGGGAAAGAUGGAAAGACUUGUGAAGAAAUUGAAGGGUGUGACAACAGCAAUGGAGGCUGCAGCCAUACUUGCAGCACGGUGGAAGGCACCUAUCAGUGUGAGUGCCCACGGGGUUUUGUUUUGUCAGAGGACAACCACACCUGCCAAGUUCCAGUCCUUUGCAAAUCUACCGCCAUAGAGGUGAACAUCCCUAAGGACCUUGUUGCAGGGAUGGACCUCUCACUUAUCAAUGGUUCCUGCAGAGGUGUAUCCAAUGGCACACAUGUCAACAUCAUCUUCUCCCUGAAAUCCUGUGGUACCACGAUAGAUGUCGUAAAUGACAAAAUCAUCGCUACCAAUAUGGUGACUGGCUUGCCAAAGCAAACUCCUGGCAGUAAUGGUGACAUCAUCGUCCGCACCGGCAAGCUCUUGAUCCCCGUCACGUGUGAAUUCCCUUGCCGCUACAUCAUCUCAGAGGGCUACGUCCCCAACGUUAAGAACCCGCCGCUGGAGAUCAUGGGCCACAACCAGGGUGUCUUCCCCUUCACCCUCGAGAUUUUCAAAGACAAAGCGUUCGAAGAGGUCUACCGGGAUACUCUCCCCACCCUUAAACUUCGAGAUUCUUUGUAUUUUGGGAUCGAGCCCUUGGUGCACCUGAGUGGUCUGGAGACAUUAGUGGAAAGCUGUUUUGCCACCCCGACAUCCAAGACCGAUGAGAUCCUGAAGUACUACUUAAUUCGAGACGGCUGCGUUUCUGAUGAUUCUGUCAAGCAGUACACAUCCAGGGAUCAUCUUGCCAAGCACUUCCAGGUCCCAGUGUUCAAAUUUGUGGGCAAAGAUAACAAGGAAGUAUUCCUGCAUUGCCGUGUCCUUGUGUGCGGAGCGACCGAUGAGAGGUCUCGUUGCGCACAGGGCUGUCGCAGACGGAUGCGCAGAUGGGCUGAGAUGGAGGAAGAGGAAGCCAGUCACAUGGCUAAUCACACCUUGAUGGGGGGCCCGAUUAGAAUUGAGGUGGAGGAAUAGACCUGUCUUGUGACCGUGUGUCCCACUGAAGCUUUCUCCUUUGUACCUUUAAUAGUGAGCAGUAGUUGGAGGGGGGGAGUUAUAUCAGUCUUCCCCAAUCUGCUGCCCUCUAGAGGUGUUGCUUUACGACUCCUAGCUCGGCCUGGCUAGAGGGUGCUGGGAGUUGUAGUCCAAUACAUCUGGAGGGCACCAGGUUGGGGAAGGCUGAGUUUUCUCCAAUGUUGUACUUGCAGAAGGCUAGGUGAUAUCCAACGUUAGCACCAAUUACAGGAGUUGGCAUUGUUCUGCUAGUAGUUGCACAACUGCAAGUAGCGCUAGCACAACUGGCACGCACAAACGACAACUGGGGGCUGCCAAUAAGGCGGCAGGCUGCUAUUGCGCCAAGCAAAACCCUGCACUUUUGCUGCGCCGGAGUGGCAGCGGCUAAUCCCGAUGCAUAGCGAAAGUGCAGGGUUUCCGAUGGCUGGGCCCAACCCCUGCCCUUCCCCCGGGUGGAUGGCGACCAAUCGGGGGUCGCCAUCUGCCUGGCCAUACCUCCGCAUCGAGGAUGGAGUGAGGUUAGAUGGCAGAAGGGCUGUGUUCAUCUCUCUCCAUCCUGCAAAGUCGGGGUAAGUCCCCGACUUUUAAAAUGCAACACUUCUCUGGAAAGCCCAGCAAUGGCUUCAAGGUGGCUGUUGCAUCUCAUAACUGACGCAGUGCCACUGCAGCACCACCUCGGGGCUUCCCGAAUGUAUAGACAGCCUCCUAGCCUAUGCGAUGCCGCACACAAGCAGAAUCAAAGUAUUUCGGGGAUUUGACACCUGCGCAAGGAUGAAAGCAGGGCUUCCAAAUGCAGAAGCUUUGCACUGGCAGAAUUGCAGCAUUGGAUACGACCCCAUCCGACGAUUAUUAACUUUUCAUUGAAAACCCAUGACGCACCUCGUUUAUGCAACCUGCAAGUUCUUUGAUGGUUUUCUCAACAUUUAAUAAAUAACUUGAUUCACAGGACCAAAAAGGUACCAACUUCUGUUACAAAUUAUUUAUUCAAAGAGCAUCCAAAAUGUCUAGAUAAUCACAUAAAUAGGAGUUCUGAGUUUUCACAAGGCUACGCUAACACGGAGAUAGAAGGGGGAAGGGGACACUGGCUGCAAUGCACCGACAACAUAAACUGGCACACUUAAUGAUUUUAAAAACAGAAAAACCAAGGCCGAUUUUUAAAAAAUGUUUUGGUGACCUGGGCUGGAUCUACACUACUGCUUUAUAGCAGUAUUGAAAUGCACUGAUAACUGUUUAUACAGUUAAUAAACCAAUUUCAUAGUGUUA